GGGCGGGUGGGGAGGGAGGGGAGGGCAGCGGCCAGGCUGCCGCACUUCGGCCAGUUUGCUCCGGUGCCGCAGCGGCGACCCUUCGGCUCGGAUGUCCCUGGUCCCUGGAGCGACAACGGCCUCCACCUGAGCUGGAAAGAGGAAUGCCCGCCCCUGAACAGGCCUCACUGGUGGAGGAGGGGCAACCACAGACCCACCAGGAAGCUGUCUCCACUGGCCCAGGCAUGGAACCCGAGACCACAGCCACCACUAUUCUAGCUUCCGUGAAGGAGCAGGAGCUUCAGUUUCAACGACUCACCCGAGAACUGGAAGUGGAAAGGCAGAUUGUUGCCAGUCAGCUAGAAAGAUGUAGGCUUGGAGCAGAAUCGCCCAGCAUCGCCAGCACCAGGUACAGGGCCAGCGGCUCUAUCUUCAUGCACCCGAAUUAUGUGUCAGACUCAACUGAAAAGUCAUUUCCUUGGAGAUCAACAGAUGUGCCAAAUACUGGUGUAAGCAAACCUAGAGUUUCUGACACUGUUCAUCCCAACAACUAUCUCAUCAGGACGGAGCCAGAGCAAGGGGCCCUCUACUCACCAGAGCAGACGUCUCUCCAUGAAAGUGAGGGAUCGUUGGGAAACUCAAGAAGUUCAACACAGAUGAAUUCUUACUCUGACAGUGGGUACCAGGAAGCAGGGAGUUUCCACAACAGCCAGACCGUGAACAAGGCAGACAGUAGACAGCAUCCAUUCACGGGAUCAGCAAGCAACCAUGUGGUGAGGAAUUCGAGAGCAGAAGGACAAACACUGGUUCAGCCAUCAGUAGCCAAUCGGGCCAUGCGAAGAGUUAGUUCAGUUCCAUCUAGAGCACAGUCUCCUUCUUAUGUUACCAGCACAGGCGUGUCUCCUUCAAGGGGGUCACUGAGAACUUCUCUGGGUAGUGGAUUUGGCUCUCCAUCAGUGACGGACUCCCGACCUCUCAACCCCAGUACUUACUCCUCCAGCACGCUCCCUGCUCAGCGGGCCGCCUCUCCAUACUCACAGAGACCCGCCUCCCCGACAGCCGUGCGACGGGUCGGGUCUGUCACCUCCCGACAGACCUCCAAUCCCAACGGACCAGUCCCUCAGUACCAGACCACCACCAGGGUGGGGUCCCCACUGACCCUGACUGAUGCCCAGACUCGAGUAGCUUCCCCAUCCCAAGGCCAAGUGGGGUCAUCGUCCCCGAAACGUUCUGGGAUGACCGCCGUACCGCAGCAUCUGGGACCUUCACUGCAAAGGACUGUUCAUGACAUGGACCAAUUCGGACAGCAGCAGUAUGAUAUUUACGAGAGGAUGGUUCCACCACGGCCAGACAGCCUGACAGGCUUACGGAGUUCCUAUGCCAGUCAGCAUAGUCAGCUUGGACAAGACCUUCGUUCAGCUGUGUCUCCUGACUUGCACAUCACUCCUAUAUAUGAAGGGAGGACCUACUACAGUCCAGUGUACCGCAGCCCAAACCACGGGACUGUGGAACUCCAAGGAUCACAGACAGCACUGUACCGCACAGGCUCAGUAGGCAUUGGGAAUCUACAAAGGACUUCCAGCCAGAGAAGCACCCUUACAUACCAAAGAAAUAACUACGCUCUGAACACAGCAGCUACCUAUGCGGAGCCCUACAGGCCUGUACAGUACCGAGUCCAAGAGUGCAGCUAUAACCGGCUGCCACACACAGGGCCAGCUGACGAUGGUGCCACGAGAUCCCCAUCAAUAGACAGCAUUCAGAAGGACCCCAGUACUUUUAAAGGUGUUAUUCAUUGUCUUCAGACAUCUGUUGUGUUUUGGGAGUUUGCCUGGCGUGACCCUGAGCUACCAGAAGUCAUUCACAUGCUGCAACACCAGUUCCCGUCCGUGCAGGCGAAUGCCGCGGCCUACCUGCAGCACCUGUGCUUUGGCGACAACAAAGUGAAGAUGGAGGUGUACAGGCUAGGGGGAAUCAAGCAUCUGGUUGACCUAUUAGACCACAGGGUGUUGGAAGUUCAGAAGAAUGCUUGUGGUGCCCUGCGAAACCUUGUGUUUGGCAAGUCUACAGAUGAAAAUAAAAUAGCAAUGAAGAAUGUUGGUGGCAUCCCUGCCUUGCUGCGACUGUUGAGAAAGUCCAUUGAUGCAGAAGUAAGGGAGCUUGUUACAGGGGUUCUUUGGAAUUUAUCCUCAUGUGACGCUGUAAAGAUGACAAUCAUUCGAGACGCUCUCUCAACCUUAACCAACACUGUGAUAGUUCCACAUUCUGGGUGGAAUGACUCUUCCUUUGAUGAUGAUCAUAAAAUUAAAUUUCAGACCUCGCUGGUUCUGCGGAACACGACAGGUUGCCUGAGGAACCUCAGCUCUGCCGGGGAGGAAGCCCGCAAGCAAAUGCGGUCCUGUGAGGGGCUGGUAGACUCAUUGUUGUAUGUGAUCCACACGUGUGUGAACACUUCUGACUACGACAGCAAGACAGUGGAGAACUGCGUGUGUACCCUGAGGAACCUAUCAUACCGGCUGGAACUGGAAGUCCCUCAGGCCCGGCUGCUCGGACUGAAUGAACUAGAUGACUUACUAGGAAAAGAGUCUCCCAGCAAAGACUCGGAACCAAGCUGCUGGGGGAAGAAGAAGAAGAAGAAAAAGAGAACGCCACAAGAGGACCAAUGGGAUGGAGUCGGGCCUAUCCCUGGACUGUCCAAGUCCCCCAAAGGAGUCGAGAUGCUCUGGCACCCGUCAGUGGUAAAACCGUAUCUGACUCUUUUAGCAGAAAGUUCCAACCCAGCCACCUUGGAAGGCUCUGCCGGAUCUCUCCAGAACCUCUCUGCUGGCAACUGGAAGUUUGCAGCAUAUAUCCGGGCAGCUGUCCGGAAGGAAAAAGGGCUUCCUAUCCUUGUUGAGCUUCUAAGGAUGGAUAAUGACAGAGUCGUCUCUUCUGUGGCCACUGCCUUGAGGAACAUGGCGCUGGACGUUCGCAACAAGGAGCUCAUAGGUAAAUACGCCAUGCGAGACCUGGUCAACAGGCUUCCCGGUGGCAACGGCCCCAGCAUCCUGUCUGAUGAGACUGUGGCAGCCAUCUGCUGUGCUCUGCAUGAGGUCACCAGCAAAAACAUGGAGAACGCCAAAGCUCUGGCUGACUCGGGAGGUAUAGAGAAGCUGGUGAACAUAACCAAAGGCAGAGGAGACAGAUCCUCUCUGAAAGUGGUGAAGGCGGCAGCCCAGGUCUUGAAUACAUUGUGGCAGUAUCGGGACCUCCGGAGCAUUUACAAAAAGGAUGGGUGGAAUCAGAACCAUUUUAUUACACCUGUGUCCACGCUAGAGCGAGACCGAUUCAAAUCACACCCUUCUCUGUCCACCACCAACCAACAGAUGUCACCCGUCAUUCAGUCAGUUGGCAGCACCUCCUCCUCACCAGCACUGUUAGGAAUCAGAGAGCCUCGCUCUGAAUACGAUAGGACCCAGCCACCUAUGCAGUAUUACAAUAGCCAAGGGGACACCACACAUAAAGGCCUGUACCCUGGCUCCAGCAAACCUUCACCAAUAUACAUCAGUUCCUAUUCCUCACCAGCAAGAGAACAAAACAGACGGCUACAGCACCAACAGCUGUACUAUCAAGAUGACUCCACCAGGAAGACCUUGGACGCUUACAGACUGUACCUGCAGUCUCCUCGCAGCUAUGAAGACCCUUAUGGUGAUGACCGAGUUCACUUCCCAGCUUCUACUGAUUACUCAACGCAGUAUGGACUGAAAUCAACCACAAAUUACGUAGACUUUUACUCCACUAAACGACCUUCUUAUAGAGCCGAACAGUACCCUGGGUCCCCGGACUCCUGGGUGUAGCAUCAGGACGGCUGCCUGCCGAGGGCGAUUUUCUUCUGACUCUGCUUGGACUGAGGGGAGUCCGUCUUGCUGAUGAUGGUGACCGUGAAAGUGAAGUGGAAGGGAUGAGUGAAGAGGUUUUGUUUGUUUUUUUUUUCUUUUUUGAGGAAUUUUCAGGGAAGUGAGGAAACCAUUGGGAGAGGACUUUCUACGCUCUGUGUAGGUGUUAGAUCUAAUUACUUGUAGAUUCUAGUGGUGAAGGUGUGGGUGACGUGCUGAGAGGCUUGAGAAGUGGGUGAGAUGAGAGGGUAUGUGUAGGUCAAAUCAAAUGACAGAUGAUUUUUUUAAUGUGAAUAAAGUUAUGUUCAGAUAGUUUGUACAGAAAAAAAUAAUAAUAAAAUGGAUGCCCUUCAUGUUUUAUUGCUAUUACUAAAUGUCAAGAUUGUAUGCUAUUAUGUCUUGUAAAAAUUCCUUCUGUUGGUGUAAAUAUGGAAAUGCCACAUUGGUUAAGUGCCAUCAAUUGUAAUGCAGUGUGUCAUUUGAAAGGAGAUUUGAAGAACUGACAGCUUAAAGCCCAAACGGGAAGCCUGAGGAACUGUUAACAGUUGACAACACACUCUGACGCCCUCUGUUUUCAGUGAGUAGUGAACUCUGGAAGCACAAAGUCCAGCGUGACAGCAGCGCCAUGCUCAUCCCCCUCUUUCACAGGACACUUCACUGCCAUUUUCUAUGCACAUGGAAGAAUAAUAAAUGUGGGAUUUCAUCCUGGA